AUGGAUGAAUGGAUGGAAGAAAGGAGAGUUGAUAUGAAACCAUUGUGGAAGGAUAGAGGGAUAGACUGGCGAAUGGGAGGGUUCCUGGAUGGAUGGGUGAUGGAUAAUGGAUGCUGGAAGAAUAAAAGUAUAGCACAGCAGAUUGCCACAGAGCCCCGAGGGCACCUGCACAGCAAGUACCAGUUUCUGUGGAUGAGCAGCGUGGACACCGCCAACACCAUCACCAUGUCCUUCCUCAGCACGCCCACCGUCUUUGUCCUUGACCCUGAGAAGCACAUGCACUACUUCCCAGAGUCCAGUGUAACAGACUUCACAGUAGCUUCUUUCAAGCAGUUCCUCCAGGAUGUGGAGGAUGGAAAAAUUGAGGGAUCUGGAGGGACUGGCUUUCUACAGAGACUCCUGAGACUCGGCUAUGACCUGGUGUCUACAGUUGUGAGCAUCUGGCAGGCGUCCCGCUGGCUGUUCCUGCUGAUGUUUGGCCUGCCCACCAUCAUCAUCAGCGUGGUCUGCUACAGUCUGUGCUGCAUGGAGCCCAUUGACGAU